AUGAGUUCCUAUUUCGUGAACUCCACCUUCCCCGUCACUCUGGCCAGCGGGCAGGAGUCCUUCCUGGGCCAGCUACCGCUCUACUCGUCGGGCUAUGCGGACCCGCUGAGGCACUACCCUGCGCCCUACGGGCCCGGGCCCGGCCAGGACAAGGGCUUUGCCGCUUCCUCCUAUUACCCGCCGGCUGGCGGCGGCUACGGCCGAGCGGCGCCCUGCGACUACGGGCCGGCGCCGGCCUUCUACCGCGAGAAGGAGUCGGCCUGCGCGCUCUCAGGCGCCGACGAGCCGCCCCCGUUCCACCCCGAGCCGCGGAAGUCCGACUGUGCGCAGGACAAGAGCGUGUUCGGCGAGACCGAGGAGCAGAAGUGCUCCACUCCGGUCUACCCGUGGAUGCAGCGGAUGAAUUCGUGCAACAGUUCCUCCUUUGGGCCCAGCGGCCGGCGUGGCCGCCAGACCUACACGCGCUACCAGACGCUGGAGCUGGAGAAAGAGUUUCACUACAAUCGCUACCUGACGCGGCGGCGGCGCAUCGAGAUCGCGCACGCCCUGUGCCUGACUGAGCGGCAGAUCAAGAUCUGGUUCCAGAACCGGCGCAUGAAGUGGAAAAAGGAGAGCAAACUGCUCAGCGCAUCUCAGCUCAGUGCCGAGGAGGAGGAAGAAAAACCAGCCGAGUGA